UUUUGACGUCAUUUCCUCCCGUCUUGAUCUCGAGAAGAUGGCGGCUAUCGUGGAGCGACUGGAGGGAGGUGGAGGUUCUGUCGAUUCCGAAUCGCUUUCUCCUAGAUUACCUUCUCCACCACCCGAUCAGCCUCACCAGAACAACCCGCUGCUCGGGCUUCCCAUCGUGGCCAUCGAGACCAUUUUUAAUUUCCUGUCCUACGAUGAGAUCAGUCUUCUGCGCCUGGUAUGUAAGCGCAUGGACGUGAUUUGUCAACGUAUGCUUAAUCAAGGUUUCCUCAAAGUGGAGCGAUAUCACAGCCUCUGUCAAAAACAAGUCAAAGCCCAGCUGCCGAGGCGGGAAUCUGAGAGGAGGAACCAUUCCCUGGCUCGCCAUGCAGACAUCUUAGCUGCAGUAGAAACACGCCUUUCCCUGCUCAAUAUGACCUUCAUGAAAUACGUGGACUCCAAUCUGUGCUGCUUCAUCCCUGGCAAGGUGAUCGAUGAAAUCUACCGAGUAUUACGUUAUGUGAACUCUACCCGCGCACCACAAAGAGCUCACGAGGUGCUUCAAGAGCUGCGGGACAUCUCGUCUAUGGCCAUGGAGUACUUUGAUGAGAAGAUUGUCCCCAUCCUUAAGAAAAAGCUCCCAGGUGCUGACCUGUCUGGCCGUCUUAUAGGAUCUGCACCAGUGGCCGGGCCGUCUAGCUCUCUCAGCACUAUGACACUGCUGGCCAAAAACGCGCCGUCCCGCUCGGAGAUGACCAAGGUGCAGCAGCAGGUGAAGGUGAACGGGGCGUCCAUGACAGCGCUGCGGCGUGAGAUGCAGGAGGUCCGUGUCAAACAGCUGGAGCAGCAGAAGCAGCUGCAAGACCAGGAGCAGAAGCUGCUGGAACAGACGCAGGUCAUCGGCGAGCAGAACGCGCGCCUCGUCGAGCUCGAGCACAAGCUGCGCGAACUGAUGGAGAGUGCCGUGGGUGCCAGCGCAACCCGGGCCAUGCCCACUACCACCACCACUUCCUCCUCAUCUUCCUCCUCCUCAUCUUCCUCAUCUGCAGGUGCUGUGGCCGUAGCAUCCACUUCUUCUUCAGUCAGCCCGAGCACGACAGCAGAGAGCAUAGCGGAGGAAGUGGGCAUCUCUCUCAAAAGGGGCCGCAAGAAUUCAGACCUACCGCGUCACUCCAAGCGCCUGCGGAGCAAGAAGUAAAAGGGUGUCUGUCGGUUUUCACGGGUUGCCCCCUUUUUUCCCCCUCGUCGAGUUUCUCGGCGGUUUUCUUUGCACCUGGCCAAAUUUUGGCGCGAAACACAGACACACGGAGCGCGAUCUUUAAUUUUUACGUGUUUUAAG